UGUGUGUGUGUGUGUGUGUGUGUGUGUGAAGCCGGGAGAGAUUUGGGAGGUUUAGGGGCUCGUUGCCAUGGCUCCCGGGAAGCUCCGCCGAAGGAGAUAUUGAUGCCAGUCACGGAGGGAGCCUUCUUCCUUUCAGUGCGUUUCCCUUUUUUUUGGAUGGGGGGAAGGCGAAGUGAUUAAUUCGGAGCGCUGGGACUGGGGAGCUGCUGCCCACGAACCGCAGCCCCAGCCGGGCGCCUCUCCCUUUCCCCUGCGAACUCCGGGCGCUUCCCAGCGAGGGACGCUAACCUCCCCGCCCGCCCUGAGGUGCAACCAGCAAGCCCAGAUGCAGUAAAGUGGGAAGAAUGAUCCAGAUUUAAAACUGCAGAUUGCGGCAGGAGUUGAUGAAGGAGCUGAAUUCACUGAUUUGCAAGUUCACAUCCUUACGUCUGAGUUGAACUGAAGGUGGGAGAAAAAACAUUCUUUCAUUCUGUUUGGACUUCCUGUUUACAGAAGAGAGAUGGAGAUACUAUUAAGCACAAAAAGGAUCAACAUAUGUCUGCUUUUCUUUGUAUUAAAUUUGGCAGCAGGUAUUGAAAUACCAUUAUCAGUUGCACAGGUUCCAACAAUUACAGAGCAAUCCAUGACCCAAGUUGCAUACCCUUUUGAUGAAGACUUCACAAUUAAAUGUGAAGCUAAAGGAAAUCCACAACCCAUUUUUAAUUGGACUAAAGAUGAGAAACCAUUCGAUCUACUAUCCGACCCCAGGAUAAUUGCAUCCAAAAAUUCAGGAACAUUUGUGAUCCAAAAUCAGGGGAUCAUAGCUGAUUUUCAAGGGAAAUAUCGUUGUUAUGCUUCAAAUGAACUGGGAACUGCCAUGUCAGAAGAAAUUGAAAUAAUAGUUCCAAGUGUACCAAAAUUCCCAAAAGAAAAGAUUGAGCCAAUUGAGGUAGAGUAUGGUGAUGCUGUGGUUUUGCACUGUAAUCCUCCCAGAGGAAUUCCACCUUUGCAUAUCUAUUGGAUGAAUAUUGAUUUACAACACAUUCCACAAGAUGAAAGGGUCUCCAUGAGCCUUAAGGGAGAUCUGUACUUUGCAAAUGUGGAAGAAAAUGACAGUCGAAGCGAUUAUUGUUGCUUUGCAGCAUUUCCCAGGCUGCGGACAAUCGUUCAGAAAAUGCCAAUGACAUUGAUGGUUACACGUAUUAAACAUACUAAUGACUCAAGCUCACCUAAUGCUGCUGUUACUAAGGCUAAUUUCAUCAAGGAAAGAAAACCCAAAAUACUGAUACCACCUGAAUCUUCUGGUAGCAGCUCAUCAGUUACUGUCAUCAAAGGGGGAGUUCUACUGCUUGAAUGCAUUGCUGAAGGGCUCCCAACUCCGCAUCUUAAUUGGAUCAAGGUUGGUAGAGAUUUGCCCAAGGACAGAGCAGUAACAGAAAGUUUUGGAAAGAUUUUGAAGAUAGAACAAGUAUCUGCAGCAGACGAAGGCACUUAUGAGUGCACAGCAAGCAAUUCUGUGGGGAAAGCGAAACAUGAGUUUCAAGUUCACGUGGAAGAACCUCCUCGAUGGAUAAAGAAACCCACAAGUGACGUUUACAGCAUAGAGUCAACUGCUUUGCUAUUGUGUGAAGCUACUGGCAAGCCUGAGCCAACUAUAAAGUGGAAACGUAAUGGGAUGCCUAUUGAUAAAAGGACCUAUAGGGGCAGAGUCUCUGCCGGGGAGAUCAGCAUUACCAACCUACAACUGCAGGACAGCGCAGUGUAUCAGUGUGAGGCAACUAACAAGCAUGGCACCAUCCUUGCCACUGCCAAUGUGAAUGUUUUAAAUAUUGCUCCAUUAGUGCUAACCUCAGACAGUGAAGAUUAUGCCACAGUUGUUGGUUUCAAUGCUUUCUUGCACUGUCAAGUUUUUGCUUCACCUCCCGCUGUCAUUAUUUGGAUGAGGGAUGACAGCACAAUGCCACUUGAAGGUCUGCGGUACACUGUAUACGAAAAUGGCACCUUGGAGAUCAGAGAGACAAAGAAAGAAGAUUCUGGGUCGUACACUUGUUGGGUGACAAAUUUGGUUGGAAAAAGUGCAAUCACUGCCAAUCUGGGUAUCAGAGAUGCUACAAAACUUGUUGUUACUCCUGAUAACCCGCAAGUGUUGAAAUCACAUUCCGUUUUAUUGAAAUGUCAGUCUGAAUAUGACUCACACUUGAAACAAAGUUUUAAAUUAUCCUGGAGGAAAGAUGGAGAUGAGUUGCAAAUCAACAGCACAGAAGAUGGCAGGAUAAUUACUGAAAUGGAUACAUUGUUCAUAUCAAGUGUGACAUUCGAGGAUCAAGGCAUUUACACCUGUGUGGCUAGUACAUCCCUGGACAGUGUCACAGCUGAAUCUCAAUUAAUUGUCCUUGAUGUUCCUGACCCACCAGAAGAGCUACUUCUCUCAGAAAAACAGAACAGAAGUGUUAGAUUAUCCUGGAAAGCAGGAGGCAGUCACAACAGUCCCAUUUAUGAGUCCAUUGUAGAAUUUGAAGCGAAUCGUUUGGAGCCUGGGAAGUGGCAGGAACUCACAAGAAUCCCAGGGAACAACACAACCGUUGUUUUAUCAUUGACUCCUUAUAUAAAUUACCAGUUCCGUGUUAUAUCCGUUAAUGGUGUUGGAAGAAGCAAGGCUAGCACAUCAUCAGCACGCUAUGAAACACCUCCCACUGCUCCAGACAAGAACCCAGAAAACAUCCGAGUCGAAGCUUCUGAACCAAAUGAAAUGGUUAUGAAAUGGGAGCCAUUGAAACCCAUGGAGCAAAAUGGACCAGGACUGGAGUACAAAGUCAGCUGGCGACAGCAGGGAGUAGAGACAGACUGGAACGAGGAAACUGUGAAAAAACAUUCCUUGACAUUGAGGAAUACUCCUACCUUUGUGCCUUAUGAUAUCAAAGUCCAAGCUGUAAACAAUUUUGGAUCUGGUCCUGAACCAAAUGUUACCACUGGAUAUUCAGGAGAGGACAUUCCAGAUGCUGCUCCUUCAAGUGUAACGGUGGAAGUGAUGAAUAGUACACUAGUUAAAGCGAUCUGGUCCGGCAUUCCAAGAGACCGUGUUCGUGGACACUUAAAAGGAUAUAAGGUCAUUUGGUGGAAAACAAGGAGUUUGCUGGACGGAAAACAACAUCGCCCAGACAAACACUUCCUAACAUUUACAGGAGACAGAAACUAUGGCAUGAUUCCUGGUCUAGAGCCAUUUAGUGAAUUUCAUUUAACCGUCUUGGCUUUCAAUGCAAAAGGAGCUGGACCUGAAAGCUCUCCAACCAUAUUCCAAACUCCAGAAGGAGUCCCUGAACAGCCACAUUUUCUAAGAAUACUAAACUUUGAUAAGGAUUCUGUCACUUUGUCAUGGGGUCUUCCCAGAAAACCAAAUGGCUUCCUUACUGGCUACAUUUUGCAAUAUCAGAUAAUAAAUGAGACAGAUGAGAUUGGAGCACUGAAUGACGUCAAUAUUACAAACCCUUCAACUUUCAGCUGGAGGUUUUCAAAUCUGAGCUCCAGCACCAAGUAUAAAUUCUAUGUGAAGGCCUGUACUAUAAAAGGCUGUGGGAAACCAAUCACAGAAGAAGGACUAACCAUAACAGAAGGGAGUAAAGGGAUCGGGAAGAUUUCAGAAGCAGUAAAUCCCACCCAAAAGUUUCACCCCAUUGAGGCACUUGAGUCCGGAACUGAAUAUACAGUUCGUCUAGUGACUAAGAAUUGGGUUGAUAACAAUAGCAUUUUUGAAGAUGUAAUUGAGACGAGGGAGAGAGCUUAUGCUGGCAUUUAUGAGGGAAUUUCCACCCAAGGCUGGUUUAUUGGACUGAUGUGUGCCAUCGCUUUGCUUACCUUAUUGCUGCUAACAAUGUGCUUUGUCAAAAGAAAUAAAGGAGGAAAAUACUCAGUGAAAGAAAAAGAGGAUUUGCAUCCAGAUCCCGAAGCUCAAUCAAUUAAAGAUGAGAUCUUUGGGGAAUAUAGUGACAGCGAUGAGAAGCCACUCAAAGGCAGCCUCCAGUCACUUAACGGGGACAUUAAAGCUACGGAAAGUGCUGAUAGUUUGGUAGAUUAUGGAGAAGGGGACCAAGGGAUGUUUAAUGAAGAUGGUUCAUUUAUUGGCGCUUACGCUGGAUCUAAGGAAAAAGGAUCAGUCGAAAGCACUGGAAGUUCUACAGCAACAUUUCCUCUCCAUGCAUAAAAUAUUAACAUAAAUGAUUAAUUUCAAAUUUCCAUAUUUAUCUUGACUAGUAAUCAACUAUUACCAUAUGUGAUCAGAAGUAGGUUGCAGAAUGAAUCAGUCAGGACCCCAACCUCCAGGUAAUAUGGCAAUUAGUCGCUGCUAUCAAAAGAUGAUUUUUGAGACUUUUCAGUCCUGAUUGUUCAGGUGUUUUCAUUCAUAAAGAACAGGUGAAUAAUAUUCUCACAUUCAAUAUAUACCACUCAGUCUGACCAAAACCAUAGCUUCUCAGUGUUACAUAUGUAUAUAGAUACUUGCUACCCUACUUGUUUCUCUAUAUAACUUUUCUCUUUCUUGUAUUCUUUGUCACUUUGUAUAUACAUUUACAUCCAGUAUUCCCUAAUAUAUAAUGACCUUAGCAUUGUGGAGGUCAGAAGGUAGUGGGGGUGGGAGAAGGGAGAUUACUUUAAAAAUUAACACCAAGAAAAAAAUAAUUGAAAACACUAUAGAAAUAGAUUCCAUAUAUUAUUUAAUGUUCAUGAAGAAGAAGAAAGUCUGUUUAAGUAAGUCUAGAAUUAGUGGCUAGAGCUGAUUGCAAUUACUUAGAGAAACAGCUUUAUCCAAAAAUAAUUUGAUCACAAACUUGCUCUCAAAAGAAACAGGUUCCGAUCUGGUAUCUAUAUCUUCUCUCCAGUAACUGUCACUCUUUCCUUAAACAAGUUCAGUUACACUAGUUUUCCUUUGGCAGAGGAUAACGAGGCUCAUCCCACAUCUGUUCUAUGUGUCAAUGAAGCAGGAUCAGGUCUUUAGACUACUAAAAAGGCCACCUGAAUCUGCCUCCCAAGAUCCUUGAAAACUGCAUUUCUAAGCAACUGUUUUUUGUCUGCCUUCUGUCUGUAUAUUUGUAUGCUAGCAUACAUUUCAGGAAUGCAUUGUACAUAUUAUUUGCAAUUUUGUGGUAGUGAUGUUGGUCCCAGGAUACUAGAGAGACAUGGUGGAUGAGGUAAUAUCUUUGUUUUGUACCAGUUUCUGUUGGGGAAAGAGACCAACUUUUGAGCUACAUGGAGUUCAUCAGAAGAAGACGUUGGUCCAAUGAAAGACAUCCACCUUGUCUCUCUUGUACAUAUUACGUUAAUAUUUACAUAACUGAAAACACAGACUGGUUUGUAUUGCUAUGUAGAAAUAGAGGGACAAACUGGGUAUAAAACAGUCAGAUAUUCGCUUUUCCUCUUUCUUUUGGAUAAUACUUAAAAAAUCAUUGUUUCGCUCUCCAAAAAAUAAACCCUGAAUAGUUAGGUAUUUUUAAAAAAAAUAUUUUCACAUCCUGCAUUGUUCCUUUUUAAAAAAAAUGGAUUACAUUAGAGUUUCUUUUCUACAUGGUGUACUGAAUAAGGUUUAAAAUUCCCAACGGAGCUGUUCCUUUCUCUGCUACUCAUUCCCAUUACAAACUCAGCAAAGCUGCACUGUGCACGUUUGGCCUUUUUAUAUUUGGCCUCCCAAUUAUUUUAAAACAUUUUUGUUUUUUUGUUUUUGCUUUUAUAGUUUGUUAACUUCAGUACAAUGCAAAUGUUCCUUGCAGUUCUAUGUUGUUCUUUUAAAAUGGUUGUAUCUGCAAUUACAAUACACUUUAGCCAUUGUUAUAAGGAGAAAACUUACUAUAUAAAAGCUAAUUCCUGCAAAAUCUUUUAUACAUGAGUAGUCCUUAGACAAAUAGAUCCAUUGAUUUCAUUGCAAGUACUUCAGUGGAAAUAAUAGUGUAAGUAAAGACUACUCACAUGAGUAAGGGUUUGCAGGAUCAGACCCAGAAUUACAACUUUAUGAGCUGCAUGAUGCACAUUGUUAAAUAAUUAUAACACUGGUUUUAAUUUUAUACAAUAUCUAAGGGACCAGCUCCCAUUCAUGUACUUAAAUGAAGUGGCUUGAGCUUCAAAAGUGCUCAACAACCAUUGAAAACAAUGGUAGCUGUUAGGUGCUGAAUCCUUUUGAAAACCUGGCCCUAAAUCUACCAUCUAUUUGGAAUAAAGGCCAAUGGGACUACUUAUAUGUGGCUUGUAGGAGUCUGAUAUGGUCAUAGGUUAAAAUAGUUUGCACAAUAUCCUGUAUUAUAAUACACAAUAUCCUCAGAUCCCUAAAAUUGGGAGAAUUUGACAAAUGUCUCACUAUUUGUACUGUUUGUUUACUUUAUAUAGUUAAUUCAACUUGAUCACUGAAAAGGGACUGGUCAGCUUUUGGGGGGGUGGAGCGGGGGAAGAGUCUCACACAUAUGGUGUCUGGCAGGAAACUGAAACCUUACAUCCUGUUCCAAGUCACAUACGGUGACUUUUUUCAGGACUCCAGACAAAUUACCCAACAGGAUGAGUGUUCACUAGUGCAUGAGAACCUGAAAGUGAAAUAAACAGAAUUGACCAGACUUGUGUUACAAUUUCAAUUUGUUGCUAGUCUGUUCCUAAUCCAUUUCACUUUUAGGGUGCUCUGCACUAGCACAUGGCUGCAAUGUUCGGCUAGCAGAGGAACGUUUCCUUGCCUUCUCAAUUAUUUCCACUGGAUACUCUUUUUAGAAAAAAAUAAUUGAAAUUUUUCUUGGAUUUUUGUAAACAUUAAAUUUAGUCUUCAUUUUAUCUCUUCCCAGCCUCUAAAGAAACUCUUAAUAGGACAGGGAGAGCCCCUAGUUAGCCUUAUCCAGCAAGCUGAAGUAAUAAGUCCCCAACCACCACUGCUUCCAUCCACAAAUUACUGGCCUUUCUAGUUUGUUUUUAAUGGUCCAUUGAGUAGCCAGAAACUCUCUUCUUCUCCCCUACUGCUGUGCCAACUUCUGUAGGUGGCACAAAAUCCUCAGAGAGAAAUCUGAUUGUGGAGGAGGGAAAGGUCCAGGCUAGGGUGUUAGAGUGUAUUAGAUAAGAACUCAAUUCCACGAGUCUGCCUUCUCCUUCUGCUCCCCAUGGCUACUAAACAACUCCUCUGUGCAAAGGGUUUGGACCUCUGAUAGGGGCAAACCUUUUAGGAUUGUGGGCCACUGCCAUGUGCAAGUUUCGAUGGCUGCUCACACAUUAGGCCCGAUAUGACCCAUUAAAAGUCAGCAACAAUAUGCAUUUUUUUUGCACUUACAGGCUGUUCGGUUUAACUGGCGUCAUUGUCCCAGAAACAUCUAUAUUAAACAGCCACAAAUUUCAAACCAUGUUAGUGGGACAUCCUCUUAUCAAAUAAUGAAUAAACAUCCUGUGCUAUCACUUGCUCAUUUGUAGCUUAAAGUUGCUGACGAAAUUCCUAUGAUGUGCUAUUCAUCUGUGUCGGUAUGAGUACUUUUUUCUAUUAUUUUUUUUAUUCAGACUCUUAAAUCUUAAUGUUUGUGAUUCAUUAUGCCUCAGGGCCUAAAAAUCACACUGUGACAAAAAGAUGUGCAAUGAAAUGUUUUAAAUGUGCACUGACUUUUUAGGACCCUGCCCAAUGAAUAUUAAACAAAUGUCUGAAAUUCCAAGAGAUUCUUGUCUCUGUCUAGCUCCAUUCUCUUUCUUGAGUAAUUCUUUUUCAGCAGGGAUUUUUUUAAAGGCAUCAUUAUGUCUACUUUAUAUCCUGGAAUGUACAGGUUAAAAUAUGCUUCCGAAAGAGAUGUCAUUUUAAAAGCAAAACAGAUUAUACUUUUGGAGCCAAUUUUUCCUUUCGUUCAAAGCAGGCCAGUUCCAUUCAUUUCAGUGGGGUUUGGUGUAAAGAGGGGGAAAUGUUGACACUUACGUUGCAUUUAAAGUAUUAGCACCAUAAAUAUAGUAGCAUAAUUAAGAGAACAGGUAUUUCUGAUAUUUUUCAGUAGUGCUUGAAAUCCUCUUAAUCAAAUAACAUUUUGGAAAUCUGUAAUGAUUUUUCAUUUGUUGCAUACAAAACCCCUCUCUUACGUUAACUACUUAUUAAAACUGCAUAUGCUGAAUAAGACAGGGGUCUUGUGAAAAAAAUGCCAUGUGAGCAUGUUUUAUAUAUAUAUAUAUCAUAAUACAUACACACACGAAGGCUGAAUUAAGGUUGCAUAUGAAACCUUAAUUCUGACCUUUCCUAAAUUUUCUGAUUUGGAUUUUACAACCAUAACUAAUAUUUUUAAAUAUAGAUAUAAGAAAAAUUAAAAACAAAUUCUAUUAUAUGCAAGUACAAGAGCUCCCCUGUCAUACAUCAUCAGUCAGUUUGAAUCCUAAACUUCUAGGACAGCUUGGGUACUUAAUUACAGUAACCGUUUUAGUUGGCAGUAAGAGAAAACUGAUAUACCAUAGAAAAGUGGGACUAGGUUACUGGAGUCAUCUGCUGGGUCUAAGGAAAAUGAAGAGAUUACUAUGAGUGUGGAACAACUCUCUUCUUUUCAACCUUCCUGAGGUGAGGGAAACUCCUCCCCAUGUGGUACUCCUGGGGGAAGCAGAGGGAAGGGGUUUUAGAAAGGAGAAAAGCUUAGCUUUCUCUCUCCACUCCUGUUCUGUCUGCUACUGCUUUGGUGGUGGCAUGGGAUCAAGCUUAGAUUAGAAUGUUAAUUCUAUUAUUAUUUUGGCAUGCUGCCAACAUUUUACUGACAGCACAAGUCACAGAAGGGUAAUAGUGAUUUUCAGAAGCUUAUAUCUCAGCCACAUCUGAAUGGAAUUUCUUCUAACAAAAAAGGCACUUCUCUGGCCCUAGGGAUUUCUCCCUGAUGAAUUUCAAAGGCCCACUUUAAACAAUGGAGGUGAUAGAGCUAACUCAAAGAAAAAGUUGCAAAAAUAUUUUAUAAUUAAAAGUCUUAGGUAAACAAAAUAUAGGGGGUCACUACAACUCCCUGGUAAUAGGGACCAAAUGCUUUACUCAUGUUGGAUAUUCCUAGCUUCCAUUAGUAUUCCCAUUUACUCUAAUACUACGUACUCAUGGAAUAUGACCCAUUCAACGUGGGUACGGGUAUUAGAAUCUGGCCCUAGUGUAUUAGAACAAUACAUUUUAAAAUAUGCACAAUCCACCCAACAAAGAAAGCUUGCAUAAUGUAGUAUUCUUAGGAAUGACCUCCAUCUCCAGUUUAGUCUCUUGUGGUGUCUGGGAGCUCAAGGGCACAAAAUCCGAAGGAGUUAAUGCACUUUAAAAACCAUAUUCCCACCUCUGUGCAUUCUCCUAUUGACAUCCGUGGGAUUCCCCAGGAGUCUUAGCUACUGGAUUCCAAUACAGGAUAAGUGUCUUGGCCAUCUGUCUGCUUCCAAUGAAGACAAUAGACAAGUUCUUUCCCCCCAUGAAUAAAUCAAUAUAUAUAUUGGAACACAGACUACAGAAAUGGAAAGAACCUCCUGGGUCAUGGAGUUAAGUUCAGCAACCCCAUCAUAUAACUCCAUUAAUAAAUGUAUUAAAAUUACAGUAGUUAGGUUGUUUAGUAUAUAUAAUUAAUAGGAAAUCAUAUCUUCUGUAGGUCAGCUUUCAACAUGAUGCAGUGGUUCAGGGAUUUGUCACUUCUGUCAAACCAUAUGAGCCAAUGAUUCUCAUGUAAAUAAAAGUUUGCAGGAUCAGAAUUUCCUCCCCAAGUGAAUUAAAUAAAAACGAUCAGAGUGCAUCUUUCCAGGCUUUUGACAAUAAUUUUACACAUAGCUUUGGAAAACAAUGUUAGUUAAUUGGGUACUUUUAUUCUAAGCCUUGUAUACAUCUGAAGAGGCAUUUCAUUGUAAUUUCAAUCAUGCAGUCAUAGUUCUACAAAUAAAAAGGAUAUUUAGACACGCUGUAUAUAGUGUAUCUCAAUUAUUUUAAAUAACAACCAUGUAAGAAGAGAGAAAUUGAAGGGAAUCAUUGUUAGGGCUUGCUGGCAGAAAUUCCAUUAACCUGACAAAAGAUCAUGCCCUCAAAAGCAUCUUUUUUUAAUGUUUAGUGUUUCAGAAUAAAGCAUAUACAUAAUGUUUGCCAUUUGAUCUCCUGACUAUUGGUAAAUGUUUACACUUCAGCACCAUAUCUUUCAUGUAAAAGUUUUGACUAUCAUAUCAAGCUUUGUUAUCUGCAGUAAUUCAGUUUUCAUGCAGGAACCAAUAUAUGGGUAUGAGCCAAAGCAUACUGUAUUUUUUAUUUUACACAAGAUAUUUUGUUACUUCAUGUGAAAAGAUCAAGACAAAUGUGGCACUAAGUUCACACCAUUCCUUUUUUUUUACUAGAUGAAUGUUAAUGUAAAUUUAUUAAGGUUUAGAAAAAUGUGUUUGUACUGUAGUUGCUGUUUGUAUCAUGCCUAUGUACAUGUAUGGUUUUAAAAGAUAUUUUCAUUAUACAUGGAAUUCAACUUUGCUAAUAAAAGUUUGACUUGAUGUAUUCUUCAAA